UUUGUGUUUGUCAAAAUGGCGGCUGGAAUGUAUCUAGAGCACUAUUUGGACAGCAUAGAAAAUCUGCCCUUUGAACUGCAGAGGAACUUCCAGCUGAUGCGAGAUCUAGACCAGAGGACAGAGGACCUGAAAGGGCAGAUUGAUUCUCUGGCUCGUGAAUACACAGCCAACGCUCGGACGUUGUCCUCCGAGCAGAAGCUCUCACUGUUAAGACAGAUCCAGCAGUCUUAUGGGAAGUGUAAAGAGUUUGGAGAUGACAAGGUCCAGCUUGCGAUGCAAACCUAUGAGAUGGUGGACAAGCAUAUCCGAAGGUUGGAUACAGACCUGGCUCGCUUUGAGGCUGACCUCAAAGAGAAACAGAUAGAAAGCACCGAUUAUGACUCUACCUCCAGCAAGGGCAACAAGAGUGACCAUCGAGGACCCAAGAAGAAGGAGGUGACUCGCACUAGGUCAAAGGUGAAGAACUCUGAUGAUGACUGCAGCUCAAAGAGUGGUCAGAAGAAGGUCAAACUCACACAAGGCCCUGAGUUUUCAACCCCGGCUGUGAACUUUGGGAACGUGCACCCCUCGGAUGUGCUGGACAUGCCAGUGGACCCCAACGAGCCCACCUAUUGUCUCUGCCACCAGGUUUCAUACGGGGAGAUGAUUGGCUGUGACAAUACAGACUGUUCUAUCGAGUGGUUCCACUUUGCCUGUGUGGGUCUGACCACCAAACCCAGAGGGAAAUGGUACUGCCCAAGAUGUUCACAGGAGCGGAAGAAAAAAUGAACAUGCAAAACAAGAGAAUUCACAGAGAGGGAGGUAGAGGCAGACACAAGGGUUGAAAGUGUUUUUAAGGCCCUCCAUAGACACUAAUAUAGAUCCACUCUCUGCUAAAUCUGGUGCUUGUCAUCCUCUUUUCCAUCUUCACAUCCCUCUCUCAGCCAGACAGUAAGAAGGGCUGACGGGUGAACAUGAAGGAGGUGUAGUUCUUAAUUUAUGUGCUCAGUAAUGAAGAUGACUUUUGUUAUGGAGUGUUUUUAUUUGUUUUGGUUCUGCAUUUUUUAUAUUCUUAUAUUUUCGGUUUGUUUGUUUGGAUUGUCUUUUUUACAACUCGUUUUAAACACAUGAACUCAGCAGUCUGGGGGCAUAUCAGGAGAUCUCGCAGUUCUUUGUCGCGCUCGUGAUUCCAGGUGGUCUCAGACUGGAUCAUUUCUGUCAGUAUAUCCUUCUCAGAUGGGAUCAUUUCCUACUAGUCUCCAGUUUUUUUGCCUUUUAACAGACAAAAAGGGGAACAGGUCCCAGAUUAGACUGAAACUGAUCCCUUAUCUAACUUAUUUUCUCAUUGCAAUUUUCAUAAAAGGGCAACAGUUAUCAACUUACCUCGCCAAAUCUGAGAUGUUUAUUUGACAAACCAGCAAUUACAAGAAAAUAGCUGCUCAAUGGGAUUAUUUAACUUGAUUUUUACACCUACUCAGCCUUUUCCGCUCUCUCUCUCUUUGUCUUGCAUUCACAAAUCCUGCACUUGAAGACCACCUCUUCACUUCAGGUCCAUUCCACAACUGUAGAAUUCAAUGCAGACAUUGUUUUGGUGCUUAUGGUCACACACUAGUUGGAUCGUAUUAAAUCGAUCAUAUUCCAGACUGUUGAAAAGCAUUAACUCAGCAUGUAAUAUUAUUCAGUUGACACCCUGGUCAUUAAAUGCAUUUGGUGUUUUCUUUUGUAACCUAUGAAUUAACUCUAGGAUUGCUGUGCGUUCAGCAACAGGGUUCUUUGCGACUGGAUUUUGGUGCUUAUGAAUAUAUUAAAGGUAAUGAUGUGUAUGGUUUGGCUAAAUGCGUGAAUUACACAGCAUCGCUUACAAUGGUUCUCAGUCAUUGUGUUGACGUCGUUAAAGCAGUAUGAUACUUUUUGCGAGAUGUCAGAAAUCAAAUGUGUUGAUAUCAGCUUGUAUUUAAGGUUCGGUUGUUUUAAUUAAAGAAUUACAGGUAUGUCAGACAAUGCAAAACCUGGUGCUACACAGUGCUUGUUGCCGGUUCUGAAUGAUUCUAUUGUCUGGUGUACGAUGAAGGGUUUGUGUCACAUGUUUUAUUUUUGCCUUUGUCAUGUUGCUUUGUGAUUUGGCUGUUCCAGAUAUUGUAGAGUACUGUACUAAUGUCAGAUAUUGGGUCUGGUGUCUUCCACGCUGAACGAACAAUGCCUGAUUCUGAAAGCGUCCUUGUGUCUGUUGGUCAUUAUUUCAUUCAUUCUGGCAUUUUUGAAUGCUGUUGUCUGAAAAGUGUCAUGAA